AUGCCACGUCUGCUGCUCUGCGUGUGGCUGGGCAGCGCCUUGCGAAGCGACUUUGAAGAUUCGGCGGUCCUGCGAUCCGAGCUGGAAGAUGCAGAUCUUGAGAUGAACAGCGCCCAGCCGAGCAGUGCAAGUGGCCUGGGAACUGCCGUGAUGAUGCUUAUGCAGCAAGCAGACAGUUUCUAUGCCAGUGAAGAGAUGACGGCAGAAC